AUGUCUUUAAUUUCCACAAAGACUGGUAGCAGUCUGAGAAUAGCUCCUGACCAAGGAACCAGCUUACCAAUUGAAAUAUGGCAAAUUAUACUUCGACAUCUCAAAGCAAGAGAUCUCUGCCAUAUUUGCUGUGUUUGUCAACAAUGGAGAGAUGUUAUGCUUUAUGUCGACUCCACAAGAUGGAAAGAGUUAUAUUCAUUAUGCACUGACUGGAAACAUCCUAACUGGCCCUUGGAUACCACAAUUGAACCAUCGUCUUGGAAAGAUGCAUACAGAGACCAAUACCUAGCCAACAGAUUUUGGCAAAAUGGCAGCAAAGAUUUUCAAUACAUGACAUGUUUAACUGUAUUAAAACGUACUAAGAUGAAAAGAGUUAUUAAUGUUGGACCCGGUGAAGAACAUGAAUCACUACGCAGUGCAUUAAAUGUUGCAAACGACUAUGAUCAAAUUUGUGUCCAUCCUGGUAUAUAUGAUGAACAAUUUGAGAUGUCAUCCAAAAUACCAUUUGAAAUUAUUGGUUGUGGAGAAUUGGGGAGUGUCAUAUUAGUUGUUUGUAUCGAACAGAUAGCUACUACUGGAAGAUUAAAUAAUCUGGUUUUAAGAGCUCCUUGGUUUACUUCUUUUAUUUUAAAGAUACGUUCUGGUUUUAUACAAAUAGAUAAUUGUAUAUUAGAAGAUGGUAUGUUAUAUAUACAGAAUCCAGGAUCAUGUCAUGUUCGCUUCUCAUCAUUUCGUCAUGCUUCAAUAAUUCUACAACAUGUUAACGCAAGUAUCAUUGAAAAUUGUGAAUUUUGUCAAAGUGACACAGCAGACAUCAUUGUUGAAGGACAUGUCAAAGAGGAAAAGAAUUGGACAUUUUCAUAUUUACAACGACUAACUGAAAGAUUUGUUGACGCAAUUAUUGAAACUAAUUCAGAAUCAAUUGAAAUGAGUCAAACUUAUGAAAGUGAUGAUAAAGUCAGUAAUAUCAGUGAUAUUAUGGAAGACAACAGAGACUCUUGUCAUGUGAUGAAUGGUAUGAUAGAGAAAAUGUCGUCUGUUGGUGAUUGGGUCAAAUCUAAUCCCAUUGAUUAUAGACAUGGUGGUAGUGCAGAAGACGAAUCUAGUCAAGAAAGUAUAUCUGAUGUUUUACAAGAUUUGGACUCCAUUACAGAUCCAGGUAUGCCAAAUAUCUCCUAUUUGAACAAUAAGCUCUCUGAUGUUAAACCAUUGAAAUUUGAUUUGCGAAAGAAUUCUGCACCGUUUGGUUUAUUGCAGCAGAUAAAAGGGUGUUUGAUACAUCAUUGUCGUAUGACGUACAGUAAGGGUGGGGUCAUGGUCAGUUUACAAGGUGAAGCUAUAAUACUAGAAUGUGAUAUCAGUAAUGUUAGUUAUGGUAUAAGAUGUAUACAGAAUGCUCAGGUUACUAUUCUGAAGAAUAAAAUACAUCAUUGUCGAACGUCUGGUAUCUUUAUGAGAUUAGCUUCACAGGGACUUAUAGCAGGAAAUGACAUCUAUUGUAAUCUUGAAGCUGGUAUUGAUGUCAGAAAAAAUGCUGAUCCUGUCAUACAGUAUAACAAGAUACACAAUGGUAAGAGAUCAGGUAUUGUGGUAUUAGGUAGUGGCAGAGGUCAUAUACAAUUUAAUGAUAUAUAUGAAAAUAAAGAAGCUGGUAUUUAUGUCUUGUAUGGUGGAAAUCCUCUAAUAAGUGGUAAUAAUAUCUACAAUGGUCAGGCUGCUGGUAUUGCUGUUAAUGAAGGCGGAAAAGGAUUGAUAACAGAAAACAAUAUAACCUGUAAUCAGUGGGGUGGUAUAGAUAUUAGACAUGAUGCUAAUCCUAUUAUACAAGAUAAUCUAAUCAGUAAUGGUAGUGGAGAUGGUAUAGUAAUUGGUGAAAGGGGUAUUGGUUGUUUACAGAACAAUGUCAUUUCAGGAAAUGCUGGUUGUGGAAUAUGGAUAAUGAAUGGUAAUAAACCAUAUCUUAAUGGUAAUCAAAUUAGUUGUAAUGGUGAUUGUGGUAUUAUGUUGGUUGAUAAAUCUGUAAGUAUACAGUCUAAUUAUACCAAAUAUAUGAUCACUAAUAUGAGCUUCUAG